GACACUCAUGGCGGGCCCAGUGAAGGACCGGGAAGCCUUCCAGAGACUCAGCUUCCUGUACCAGGCUGCACACUGCGUCCUCUCUCAGAACCCCGAGAACCAGGCGCUGGCUAGGUUUUACUGCCACACAGAGAAAACCAUCGCGAAGCGGCUGGUCCUCCGGCAGGACCCCUCUGUGAAGAGGACGCUCUGUCGCAGCUGCUCCUCUCUCCUCAUUCCGGGCCUCACCUGCACGCAGCGCCAGAGACGCCGAAAGGGACAGCGCUGGACAGUACAGACCUGUCUGACAUGCCAGCGGAGCCAGAGAUUCCUCAACGACCCUAAGCAUCUGCUCUGGGGUGACCGGCCUGAAGCCCAGCUGGAAAAUCAGGCAGACAUCAAUCCAUCAGAGCCCCUGCCAAACAUAGCUGACCUCCCCAAAGAGAACAUUCAGACUCAGGCUUUGAACACCAGUGAAUGACUUCACUCCACUUGCCAGAUAAAUAAAGUUGAGUUGUUUG